AUGGCCAUCCCAAUCUCGACGGAGGAGAAGACGGUGCUGAUUGAACACGUCGACGCAGACAUUGUCAAGAUUGUCUUGAAUCGGCCGAAAGCACUGAACGCCAUAAAUGCCGACCUUCUCCAAGAUCUCGUCAAGGCUCUUCGAAACGUUGCCGGCUCAAAAGUCAUCAUUCUCGAAUCCGCUGGCGACCGAUCAUUCUGCGCAGGAGAGGAUCUCAAGCAAACCCUGGCACCGAAGACAGGCUCUCCUGAAGAAUUGAGGACCGCUUUUGACCUGCUCCAAGACAUUACUCGACUUACAAGCUGCUCACAGUCUGUGGUCAUUUCGGCUGUCCAGGGAUUCGCAAUAGGAGGUGGUGCAGAGAUCGCCUUGGCCGCGGACUUUGUUAUCGGGGGACCUGGCGCACAGUUCAGAUUCCCAGAAGUGCCUAUCGGGCAUGCUGCCACGGGCGGGAUCACUCUUCGAUUGACGCAACUGGUAGGGCUUCUGCAAGCGAAGAGAUUGCUCCUCAGGGGUCAGUUCAUCAAAGCAGAUGAGGCUGCACGACUAGGAUUGCUCACUGAACUUGUGGAUGACCCCAAGGCGCGGGCCCUCGAGCUUGCUCACGAAAUUGCAAAGAUGCCCACUGUGUCUUUGGCUGGUUCCAAGACAUCCCUCGAACGUUCCGUGUUCCCGCACAUGGAAGUCUCUCUGCAGGAUGAAGUCAACGUAGCAAGCUACUGCUUUGCGCAAAGCGACGCGGCCAAGGCGUUCACGGACUUCGCAUCAAGGAAAGCUGUCAAGCACGGAAGUGCCAUGACCACGACAAACGCAGUCCGCAAGCAUGGAGAUGCAACCAAGACUACCAAUGGUAUCGUCGGCGCUCAAGUGUCGUCGAGUAUCCGGGAUAUCAACACAGCGUUGAAACACGCUGUAUCCUCAUUUCCAACUUCAACUUUCAUACGCUUUUCUGGCCGGGAUACGAGUUUCCAGCAGUUCGAUACCUUGACCGCGAAGCUUGCCGGAGGGCUCAGCAGCCUUGGCAUUGGUCCCGGAGACAGAGUGCUUGUGAUGAUGAGAAACAGCCUUGAGAUGGUGACCAGCUGGCUAGCAACGAACCGGUUGGGAGCGACCUGGGUUCCGAUAAACGUCCAAUUGAGGUCGGUGACCCUCAAGCAUGUCAUUGAAUCGGCCGAGCCAAAACUGGUCAUCGUUGACGCGGAUCUACGCUCUGAGAUUGAGGUUCUUAAAUUUCUCGACCCGAAGAUGCUGUGGAUCAACGGUGAACAGACCGGUCCUACCAGCAUAGCUUCGCUCUACGAGCAGGGCUCGGCGAUGACGGAUCCCGCUGAUGUUUUACCCGGCACCCCUUCAGCUUUCCUGUUCACAAGUGGCACCACCGGCAGAUCCAAACCGUGCAUCUUAUCCCAUGAAUACUUCAUCAUACAAGCCAAAACGCUGAUCGAAGGGUGUGGACUGAAUGGAGACGAUGUUCUCUACUGCCCUUUCCCACUGUUCCAUGCUGAUGCCACCGCGCUCACCACCAUCCCUGCACUCCUUCUAGGCGCGGUCGCGGCACUCUCUGUCCGUUACAGCGCCAGUAAGUUCUGGGACGAGAUUCGAACGACCAACGCAACGGUGUACGAUUUCAUGGGUGCAACGUUGGCAUUGACGUAUAAACAACCUCCGUCAGACAAAGACAGAGAUCACAGAGUUAGAUUGGCUUGGGGCGUGCCGAUGCCUAGCUUUGCAAGUGAUUACGAACAGCGCUUCGGACAUCGUCUCAUCACAUUGUACGGCAGCGUCGAGGCCAGCUUGCCGGUAUUCCAGGACGGCGAACUAGCUCCGGGUUCCUGCGGCAAACUGCGCAAGGGUUACCAGCUGCGCAUUGCCGACGAGAUGGAUGAGGAGCUCCCGCCAAACACCGUGGGACACAUCUUGCUUCGAAGUGACGUCCCCACUGCGUUCUUUCAGGGCUAUUACAAUGACGCUGCCAGUACCCUUGCUGCGUUUUCGAACCUAUGGCUUCACACGGGCGACAAAGGCAAGGUGGACGAACAAGGCAAUGUAUACUUUGUCGGGCGAGUCAAGGACGUCAUCCGCAGGAGAGGGGAGAACAUCAAUGCAUCAGAACUGGAGGAAGAGUUUUUGCGACACCCUGAUGUGGUGUUGGCAGCUGCCUAUGGAAUCCCGUCCGAACUUGGGUCAGGCACGGAAGAAGACGUCAAGGUGGUGGUCAAGAUACGUGAGGGAAGCUCUAUCUCAGAAAGAGACCUCUGGGAGUGGUCAGUCAAGCAUAUGGCUCGUUUUCAAGUUCCCAAUGUGGUUGAGAUCACGCAGGAUAUCAGGAGGACACCCACAGGAAAGAUGGAGAAGCAUGGUCUGAGUGUGGCGGGAGGGCAGAGGUUCGACCUGCGUCAGAGAUGA